CCCUCCUGGCCUCCUCCCGCCAUUGACACUGUCACCGUAUGAAAGAAUCUCUCAUCCUUUUUUCUGUGGGCUCUGUGUUUGUGGUGUGAAAUUAGUAAUGGCUUGGGCUCUGCCAUUGCCGCCCUUGAAAUUAGCAGCAGCAUCAUCAUCUCAAGAGUCAUCCUCUUCCUCUUCCUCUUCCUCUUCUCCUUCUUCCUUUAGCUACAGACCUGCUGUUAUUCUUCCAGGCUUGGGGAACAACUCUAGUGACUACAACAAGUUGGAGGUUACUUUGAAAGAGCAGUACGGCGUGCCCACCCUGGUUGCCAAGGUCUCAAGGCUUGAUUGGCUCAGGAAUGCCGCCGGUUUGGUAGACCCCAACUACUGGCGUGGAACUCUCCGUCCUCGCCCUGUCCUGGAUUGGUACCUGAAGAGGAUUGAAGAGGCUGUUCUGGAGGCUAAGGAGUUGGCUCAAGGUGGGACUUUAUCCUUGAUUGGACACUCAGCUGGAGGAUGGCUUGCUCGUGUUUACAUGCAGGAAUUUGGACUGUCUGAUAUCUCCUUGUUAUUGACUCUUGGAACCCCCCACCUUCCACCUCCCAAAGGUCUGCCAGGGGUUAUUGAUCAAACAAGGGGUCUUCUGGACUAUGUUGACAAACAUUGCUCUAAAGCCGUGUACAAUCAUCAUUUGAAAUAUGUAUGUAUUGCUGGGAGGUAUAUUCAGGGGGCUCCAUUUUUUGGCAGUUCAAUUGCAAAUGUUGAGUCUGUGAUUCCUAAUGACAAUGCUGAGGUUGCUGUUGUUAAUGAUGUGGGCACAUCAGCAUCAAAUGCGACAACCUUGCGUGCUCGCCUUGUUGGCCAAGGUUACAAGCAGGUUUGUGGAAAGGCAGAUAUAUGGGGUGAUGGGGUUGUGCCGGAAGUGUCAGCGCAUCUGGAAGGUGCGUAUAACAUCACCCUGGAUGGAGUUUACCACUCACCAGUUGGUUCAGAUGAUGCAUCAACACCAUGGUACGGUUCUCCUGUCAUUGUUGAAAAAUGGAUACACCACCUCCUCAACUAAUGAUGGAUGUGAAAGCUACUGAAUGGGGAGACCACGAUUAUUCUUUCUUGAUCUAUGGAAGAUGCUCCUGCUUUUAGUGGCUUUGAACUCACUAAGAAGCAUAUGUUGCAAUAUUCAUUUUACAUCUGGAAAAUCUUCUUCGUGUUCAGUUCAUUACAAAGUCAUGUUUUUGCUUUCUACAGUAUUCUUUGUGUGAUUCAUUUCCUUCCAUGUGAAGGGGAAGCAUAAAAGCCAUUUACUUUGUCUUGUGCCUCGUAAGCUUAACAAAUCCAUCCUUAGAACUCAGAAUAUAGUUGUGCAGCAAGUGAGAAUGUACUUCCAAGUUGCUCUA